CGCUCUGCCCGGGGCGCUACCUUCAUUCUGUGAGACCAUGGCGAGCGACAUAGACUCGAAGAGCAGGACAGUCUCUGUCAGACUGCAGGCUCGGCAUGUUGUCGUCCUUCAUACGCUUUCCGCCUUGACGGCGUUUGGAUCUGCGCUGCUGGUCGGCUGUGCACUUCACUACCGCAAGAUUGUCCAAAACGCAUGGUAUGGCUACCCUCAAGAGUGGUUUCCGUCCGUGUCUGCGACCAUUGGCGAUCGUUACCCCGAACGGAGCGUGUACCAACUUGGCCUGGCCUUGACGGCGCCUUCUCGCUUUGCCAUGCUCUCCAUCCUUGCCGUCGCCGUCAGAUCACGGUGCAGUCAACUGGCCCUACCUCUGCUGCUCGUCGGCACGCUCAGAAGCAUCGCCGCAGGCGGCUUUACCUACGUUACUUCUUCGGACGAUCCGUACGCGCAUGAUGUCUUCAUGAUCUCCUAUCUGGUGCUCACAAUACUCUGGCAAGGGAUAUGUUGGUAUGCCUCUGGCACGGUGCAAGCGCGGCUCUGGCGAAAACGCUUCACCGUCUCCUUCUAUGCAACUCUCGUGCCGCUCGUCUACUGGUAUAUCCAGCACAAGGUCAAACGACAGGCAGGCGCAUAUUCAAUCUACAGCCUGUUCGAAUGGUCCAUCAUCAUUCAGGAUGUCCUGUUUGACGCCGCAAAUUACUUUGAUCUCGAAGGGCUUGCAGUCACUGUGCAGGGUCAAGUCGCGCAUGCGCCUCUCGCCCCAGAGGCGACGUUAUCUGCCGCGCCGCUGAACAGGGUCAAACCAAUGCCCCGCACACCUUACGCAAAAUCGCUGGCGGCUCUGCGUGCGCUGACACCUUUCGAAGCUGCCAACUUUGUAGCAGAUGUCUACCUAGAUUUUCUUUUCUGGUCGACUUGGUCAGCUCAUGCGCUCACUAUCUUUUUCUUUUCGGUCUAUGACAUGGGCAUGGCCGGCAAAGAAGUCAACCUGUUGACGACGCUCUCGCCAUUCUUGCUAUGCAUCCGACCGUUGCGCAACUUGGCCGUGCAAUACCCAGCUCUAUUCCAUGCAGCGAGUCUGGCAGGCUUGGGUUCAUACAGGUGGUACUCCUACUGGCCGAGACUGCACUAUACUGCUCUUGCCAAUGGCGUCCAGGCCUUUUCGUAUGGCGCCACGUGGUGGGCCGCUGCCGCUUCGCCCGCAAGGAUUGACUAUAAAGCCAAUACAUUUCUACUCGGACUGAUUCUGCACGUAGUCGCCAAAUUUGCAAACCACAGCAACAACCCGAUCUGGCCUGUCAUGACAGAGGUCAAUGGCGGUUGGAACAAAUCCGGUCUUGCGCUAGCUGGUCUUGCCAUCGUGCUCCUAACUCUCCGUCCGCGUCCCAGGGUGCCUCAAAAGCGAGCGAGUGAUGCCCGAGGCUACGCCGUCAUAUCUGCUCUCGCGCUAGCAGCCAUGCUCUUCUGUCUUCACUCACUGCUCAGUGACUCUGGCACAAUCAUUGCUUACGGUUGGACGGGCUAUCCCGUCAAGGGUCCCCAGGCAUUUCCUCAUGGCAUCAUGACGAUUGCUGCAAUGUGCAUCGGCGUCUAUGUCUCGAAUUCAAAGUAUCGCUUCGUCGUGCGCACGCCCGCCUGGUCACUCGCAGGCAUCAUGGCAUUCGCGAACCUGACGUUACACUCUGAUUGGCACGGCUUCUUCGGAGGCUUAGCCUUUGCGAUCUAUGUGACGUCAAGUUUCCCAACACUCCUUCAAGCAGCCAGCCAACACUCGCCAGCCCUGACCUUUGGUCUCGCCUGGUUGUUCUACAAGCUUUUCGCAGUCGUCAAUACAUUCACGGUAGCAUACGCAUUCGUGCCAGGGGGUACCUACUUUCGCGAAAGAACCAACACGGUCAACAUCGUCAUGCUCGCUUGCAUUGUCAUUGGCCUUUUCAAUGUCAAGGAUCUGCCGCGACCAGGACUGGCUGCUCGCACGCUGAGACAUCUGCGACUUGCAGCUCUAGUCAUGCUCCUAGCUGUCGCCUGCCUUGCUGGCUCGCUUCGCAAAGUUGCCCGCGCGUCUAUCGAGCCUUUCACCGCGCCAGAACACCGCAUGUUCACAGGCGGUAUCCAAUGUCUGCAUUUCGGUCUCGAUACCUAUAUGUGGGAAAGUAAUAGACGACUACUUGACCUCUUGCGAGAUGCCCAGGUCGACGUCAUGGGCUUCCUAGAAUCAGACUUGCAGCGCAUCGUGACGGGCAACCGUGAUAUGACUCAGUACGUCUCCGAGACGCUCGGCUAUCAUGUCGAUUUGGGUCCAGGCCCGAAUAAGCAUACCUGGGGUGCUGCGCUGCUUUCCAAGUUCCCCAUCAUCAACUCGACGCACAUCCUUUUGCCCAGCCCUCAUGGCGAGCUCGCGCCUGCUAUACAUGCCACUCUGCUUAUCUAUGGCACGCUUGUGGAUGUUUUGAUCAGUCACAAUGGGCAAGAAGAAGACACGCUCGAUCGGCAGCUUCAAAGCGAGACGCUAGGCCGCAUCAUGGCUGAUAGCUAUCCGCGACCGUUCGUCUUCCUUGGCUAUGUCGUCACGAAGCCGCAAGCACCCAAGCCAGCGCCAUACUACUACCUCAAGGAAGAUGGUAGAAUGAUGGACAUCGAUCCGAGCGAUAGCGACAGAUGGUGUCAAUACAUCUUCUGGCGUGGCCUGCGACGAACGGCAUAUGGCCGCCUGCAUCGCGGCAAGCCAGGCAUCAGCGAUACCGAGCUACAGAUCGCAAGAUUCCAUGUGCCCACCACGCCCAUCAAUCCCGGCAAAGAUCUCGCCGGCUUCAGGCGGGUGCCAGAUGAACAUCUUCCUCUGCAAUGGCGACUGCCAGAUAUCUUCAAAGGCGAAGGUAUUCGGGGACAUCGCUAUCAUGCGCUUCUCAAAGACGGUAAAGAGGGUCUAGCCUGGCAUUAUCUAGAGGAAGACUACUAUCAGCGCGAGAUCGCAUCGUUCUAUGAGAACGACACUGCAAAAUGAAGACCGCAACGCAACUGUUGUUGUAUGCUCUGUGCAAUACAUCGGCCUUGUCCUAAUGCUACUGCCCACUCUGCAGUUUCGUACAUAUACACGACACACGGCACAUAUUUGCUCUCAGUCAGCAGGCUACCUCCUCUUCCACGGCGGCGACCAGGCUUUCCUGCCCUCUGCACCCGCUGAUGUCGUACCUGAGCUAUCUCUGGCCAUACCGGCCGAUGGCUUGACGUUAUUGAAGAGCUCUGUGGAUAUCGGCUGGGCAGUCAACGUGAACGGCUGCGGCUCUAGCUUGUCCGCCCUCCGCCUUGGUCGUGCCGAGGAAUUGGGCACAGUCCUAGACCGCUUGACUUGGACGCCAUUGCUAUUGAUGGGUAUAUCGUCGCUGAUAGGGGGUAUUGCUGGGGCCAGCGAGGGUUGCGAAACCGAAAGUGGCUUUACACGAGACGCAUUGGGUAUUUGGUCCAAGUGGCUUCUCCUACGUCGACCAUUCUGGCUCUUCUCGG